AUGAAGAAUGAAAUUGCUGCUGUUGUCUUUUUCACAAGGCUAGUUCGAAAACAUGAUAAGUUGAAGAAAGAAACAGUUGAGAGGUUUGCUGAGAAAUUGACUUUAAUACUUCAAGAGAAAUAUAAAAAUCACUGGUAUCCAGAAAAACCAUCGAAAGGACAGGCCUACAGAUGUAUUCGUGUCAAUAAGUUUCAGAGAGUUGAUCCUGAUGUCCUGAAAGCCUGUGAGAACAGCUGCAUCUUGUACAGUGACCUGGGCUUGCCGAAGGAGCUCACUCUCUGCGUGGACCCUUGUGAGGUGUGCUGUAGGUAUGGAGAGAAAAGCAAUGCAUUUAUUGUUGCCAGCUUUGAAAAUGAGGGUGAGAACAAGGAUGAAAUCUCCAAGAAAGUUACCAGGGCCCUUGAUAAGGUUACCUCUGAUUAUCAUUCAGGAUCCUCCUCUUCAGAUGAAGAGACAAAUAAGGAAGUGGAAGUAAAACCCAGUUCACUGACUGCAACCCCAAGCCCUGUGUACCAGAUUUCAGAGCUGAUAUUUCCACCUCUUCCAAUGUGGCACCCUUUGCCCAGAAAAAAGCCAGGAAUGUACCGAGGGAAUAGCCAUCAGAGUCACUACCCUCCUGUUCCAUUUGGCUACCCAAAUCCAGGAAGAAAGAAUAAGCCCUAUCGCCCAAUUCCAGUAACAUGGGUAUCUCCUCCUGGAAUGCAUUGUGACCAGAAUCACUGGAUUAACCCUCAUAUGCUGGCGCCUCACUAGCUCCUUUUGUUUGUAUUAGUUCUGCUGAUAGGAAGGUAGACUG